GUCGAGGGCUCUAUCGGGUCUUAUCGCUGAUUGACUCACGAGAAUGUCACAACGUUGGGAGAGUUCAAUUUGACGAAUAAACGAAAGAGUGUCAAUCGAUUCUAGAAAUAUUCUUGUGAUGUUGACUUCUUGAAAGAACAGAAUAUUACAGUGAGUGACCUUGCGAGGCCUCGCAAAAUGAGCGUAGAGACAUGAAUUCGCGCACGACCGCCUUCAGGAAGGCUAGUUGUACAAUCCAUGCUUCCUUGAAAAGGGAUUCUCAACGAUCAAUUGCCACUCAGAUAAGCAAUGGCUCAAAAAUUCCAUCGCCGCUACCAGCAGCGGCCCAAAAUAGCGGUCGGGUCACGACAAUAGCAUCCAGAUCGCCCUAUGCAUCCAUCUCAGAGGCGCGAAAGGAGCAGAAGAUCCAAGAUAGGGACUUCAUUCUUUCUGUUUUGGAAACUUCCGUGACUAAGCGGGAUGCCCGAGCUUAUAUGAACAAGUUUGUGCCUCUACUCCAAAGGAAGGGUGCCACUGGAUUUGAACAACACACGAAUGGCGCCGAAAGAAGUUCCACCGGAGCAUCAGACGCUUUGAAAGCCGUUACAGAUACGUCCCAUGCGGUACCACAGCCAGUAUUUGUGGCUCUGGUUAAAAUCAGAGCUCCCCAGGAAAUCGGCAACGAUACGUUACUAGGCGUGGGACGGACUCUAGUUCAGCUUAGAAAGCUUGGACUAACCAGUAUAGUCGUUGUUGACUGCGACUUACCUGCCGAAGAUGAGGCUGAACGACGGCGACAGACCAAUAUCCAAGCCACCCGUAUUGCAACAGCGAUCGACAAAUAUGAUGAGCCAGGUGCUCGCAUCAUCCAGUCGCCGAUCACUAUUGGGGACUCAGCUGGCAAAGAUACUUCGCCUUUCACUUCAGAUGAUCUCUUUGUUGGACAUUCCAAGGACCUUGUGGAUACUCUCCAAAGCGAUAUCAUUCCGAUUAUUCCGUCCAUUGGAUAUACUGAAGACUUGUGCUCUUUCCGAUCGGUCGAUUCAAAUGAUGCGAUUAUUGCACUUGCCCGGCAACUAUCAGGGCUGCAAUUUGUUGGCCAACCACAGGAAGACGCGCAAAUCACCCAGUUGCUCAAACUGGCUGAGGUCCACAGAUUGAUCAUUAUAGAUUCUGUUGGAGGUAUUCCUGCCCUAAACCAGUCUACUGGACGGUACAUGUUCUUGAAUUUGGAGCAAGAAUAUGAACAGGUGACUCAGUACUUGGCCGAUUCGAUAGAUAGCCUGUCGGGCAUUAAGCCAGACAGCUAUUACCACUUGAAAAAUGUCGAAUUGGCGAGAAAGGCGUUGUCUCUUCUGCCACCGACAUCGUCAGCAGUAGUGACAACCCCACAGGAGGCUGCAAACAACAGAUCGCAGGAAGAAGACGACCUUACGUGGGCGAUGGUCGGAACCAGACGAAAACAAAACCCGUUGAUCCACAAUCUUUUGACCGACAGACCUGUUCAGUCAUCAUCGUUGCCUUCAGGUCGCAUUCGUUCAGUCUCUUCGCCAUCCGGAGGGCCCACCCGGGUUGGCUCUCUGACAACACUAGCAAAGCGCGGCAUGCCUCUGACUAUCUUCCCAGAUCCACGAGUGUCCCCUUGGAAACCACCUCAGCCGGGUCAACCAGGCCUGAGACUGACAGACCCUUGCAUUGACCUUGGCCGCUUGGUGCAUCUUAUAAAUGAUUCUUUUGGUCGAGAAUUGGAUGUUGAACAUUAUCUCAAGAGAGUAGAAAACAAACUCGCUGGCAUCAUUAUUGCUGGUGAAUAUGAAGGAGGAGCUAUUUUGACGUGGGAAAGUCCAUUUGGCAGUGACGGACCUGAGACGGUAGAUCCAGCGAGAAUGAUCCCGUACCUUGAUAAGUUUGCGGUGCUACGGAAGAGUCAGGGUGCCGGGGGCGUGGCGGACAUCGUCUUCAAUGCCAUGGUGCGCAAUUGUUUCCCAGACGGCGUAUGCUGGAGAAGCAGAAAGGACAAUCCAGUCAACAAGUGGUACUUCGAGCGGUCGCGGGGCACAAUGAAGAUCAGGGAUAUGAACUGGACCAUGUUUUGGACCACUCCGGAUUUGUCUACCGACCAGCAGAAGUAUAAAGACUACGAAAGUGUAUGCCGCGGUGUGGAGCCGUCGUGGGCAGAUAAGAAACACAUACUCGAUUAGACCAUGUAUAGAGCAUCGCAACUCAAGAUAACAACACCAUGUAAGGCUUAGCUGGCCAAAAACUGCAUGCUUGCCGGAACAUCGGGCCAUGACUAGUCAGUUCAGGUGGCCUCGAAUCGAAUUUUCAAUCUAGCCACUGGCGCAAGUUAUGCAUCGUUAAUGCCAACCCAGAGAGAAAAUAUAAACGCGGGGCGGUCAGAAAUUGGUGGGGUCUAUGAUUGGCGACAAGCAGGGUCAAUUAGCAUACUCCUGGAGUACAUGGAGCCAGUGCUCACGGACCACUUUCGAUGGGAGGUCCAUUAUUAUGACGAACUUAUGGAGAUGUGAAGGCAUGGAUUCGGGCCAAAUUACAAAUUCGACUCUUGGAUGAUGUAUAAUAUAGCGGGGGGAACUGUUAUAAAUGGCUACGGUAGUAGCAGGAGUAGUAGUAGGAGUAGUAGU